AUGCUGCCCUCACCUUGUGCACCAUGUCAGUCAAGAGCAGCAUUGAAUCCUAAAAUCCACAUGGCCAUCAGACUAUUCCACAACCCCUCCCGAGGAUAUUCAGCUUGGAGCACCAUAGCUUCAAAGAUCGCCGCCAAAGGGUUCAAUCGCGUCAGCAACCGCGAGAUGCUCAUUGACCCGCUGCGGCCAGUGGCCAAAGAGAUGAAGCUCUUGAUCGGAAGUAUGACAAAGUUGCUGGAUUCGGGGCAUCCUUCACUAGGCCGAGUCGCCAAAUACUACACGGGGGACGAGAGCAAACACAUUAGACCACUCAUCGUGCUGUUAAUAACGAGAGCCGCGUCGCUGUGUCCCAAGGAGCCACGGCCACCUCCUACACAGACUUCUCAAGGAGUUAACUCAGAUUCUUCUUCCUUUGGUAUCCUUGAAAAUGUCAAUUCGGACUGCCCCCUCGCGGGCACCCAUACCACCGACCCUCCCAAAGCCGACGACGAAAUCCUCCCUUCCCACCGCCGCCUCGCUGAGAUUACCGAGUUGAUCCACGCCGCAUUUCUUCUCCACAACGAUGUUAUUGACUAUUCAAGUACCAACACAAUGAGCGUUCUAGCGGGCAACUUACUUCUUGGACGCGCCUCUGUUGCGCUCGCAAGUCUAGGAAAUGCAGAGGCCGUCGAACUCCUAGCUACCGUUAUCGCAAAUAUCGUGGAGGGCGAGUUUAUGCAUCUCGAGGAUAGGGCCCUGGCCGAGAGGAGCCCCAAGUGGUCUGAAGCUUUACUAAGUUACUACCUUCAGGAAGCGUACCUUAGGACCGCCAGCUUGAUCUCCAAGUCUUGUCGUGCUUCAGCUCUCUUGAGUGGGGUAGGUGGUGCCUCAGUGGAUGCUUCAUAUUAUUACGGCAAGAAUAUAGGACUUGCGGUCCAGUUGAUGGAUGACGUUUUAGCUUACAAAAGCGCAGACACAAAGUUGGUCAAGCUGACGGGCGCAGGCCUCAAGUUACGUCUACCUACGGCACCGUUUUUACUUGCUUGGAAGACAACGCCCGAGCUAGGCGCCUUUGUAGAGAGGAAUUUUGAAGAAGAUGGUGAUGUUCCAAGAGCUUGGGAAUUAAUACUUAAAAGUGAUGGUAUUGAAAAGACGUAUGUUCUGGCACAGGGGUAUAUUGAGAAGGCAAUAUCUGCUAUUGAUGGUUUUCCAAGCAGCAUCGCAAAGGAUGGAUUAAUUAAUAUUGCUGUCAAGGUUAUAAACAAGCAGAAGUAA